CCGCGGCGGCCUGAUGCGGCACCCGGCACCGCCCCGCCUGGCUUGCGCUCCCCUAUUCCCCGAAAGCCCUCCGCCUUGAUAUCCCGGGGGCGCGGCAGGGGCGGUGACGCCCCGUGGCCGGUUGCCGGUCAUGCGGGGCGCGGCCCCCCGCUGCCCGGCAGCGGGCGGCGGGUGUUGAGACCGGGGGACGGCGAUGCCGGGGGGUGGCGGCGCCGCGGCCGCCGCUAAGCACCCCCAGUCCGGCGAGGCGGCGGCAGCGCCGCGGGACGAGGAGCAGCAGGAGGAGGAGGGCGAGGAGGAUCUCCGCGACGGCGGCGUCCCCUUCUUCGUCAACCGCGGCGGGCUGCCCGUGGACGAGCCCACCUGGGAGCGGAUGUGGCGGCAUGUGGGCAGGAUCCACCCCGAGGGGGAGCGGGUGGCGCAGAGGAUCCGGGGAGCUGCCGACCUGCCCAAGAUUCCCAUACCAAGUGUGCCUACGUUCCAGCCGUCCACCCCCAUCCCUGAGCGCCUGGAAGCUGUACAGCGCUACAUCAGGGAGCUUCAGUACAAUCACACUGGGACACAAUUCUUUGAGAUUAAGAAGAGCAGACCUCUGACUGGGCUGAUGGACCUGGCCAAAGAAAUGACCAAAGAGGCCCUGCCAAUAAAAUGCCUGGAAGCUGUGAUCCUGGGAAUUUACCUCACCAACAACAUGACCACGCUGGACCGUUUCCCCAUUAGCUUCAAAACCCACUUCUCAGGGAACUACUUCCGACACAUUGUGCUGGGGGUGAACUUCGGAGGCCGCUAUGGGGCACUGGGCAUCAGCCGACGUGAGGAGCUCAUGUACAAAGCACCUGUCUUCCGCACACUGAGUGAACUCAUCUUUGACUUUGAGGAGGCAUAUCGCCGCUGCUGGCACACUCUCAAAAAGGUGAAACUGGGCCACUGUGUGUCCCAUGACCCACACAGUGUGGAGCAGAUUGAGUGGAAGCAUUCCAUCUUGGAUCUAGACAAGCUAACCCGGGAAGACUUCCGCAAAGAGCUUGAGAGACAUGCCCGUGAUAUGAGGCUGAAGAUUGGCAAAGGAACUGGGCCACCAUCUCCCACCAAGGACAGAAAGAAAGAUGUCUCCUCCCCCCAAAGAGGUCAGGCUAGCCCCCAUAGGCGCAACAGCCGUGGGGACCGUCGGCCCUCUGGUGAGAAGAAGCCUGCUGAUUCCAAAGCCAUGCCAGACCUCAAUGGGUACCAGAUCCGGGUGUGAAAAGAGCUGUGCCUAGCUCCAGAGAUUUCUUGCUGGCCACAACUGGGACCUGGAUACACCUGCAGUGAUUCUGACAAAGGAGACAAGGGAGUGGGAGCAGAACAGAGUGCUGAUAUUCCCACGUACUUCCUAGUGGGCCAGUCCCAGAGCUGGAUCCCAUGGGUCCCAGAGGAUUCACCUGCCUGUUUCUGGGAGAGGUGUCCAUCUUAACUCACUGAAACAAGUAUUUUUACAAAAAAGGGGAAAAAAAAAUUAUGUGAAUAUUGGUGGGAGUUUGCUGCAGGAAGAAUAUGGAGUGGAGUCAGCAGACUCGCUAUCAAUUUAUUUCUGUUGACAGCAAGUGAAGCAUCUUGUUGACAGCACUUCUUCCCUGUCUGCACACAAGCCUUCAACCCAUGCAAGACCUGCACGGCUGAGGCUGGAUGUGAUGCUGGAAUGGGAUGGUCCCCAUCAUGUUUUGCAUCUUGUGCAGAAACUCCUCAUUUUGCCAUUAUGAACACUUUGUUUAACAUUGCUCUUGUAAGAGAGGGCUGAAUUUGAUCAGUCUGAUUUAUUGAUCAUACGAAGACCUUUCAUCUGCAGAAACUACAUCUUGUGUGUUUAGUCCUGCCUAUUUCAAAGUAUUUCAUUGUCUCUGAGGGAGUAAACAGUGGGAUGAUGAUUUCCUUUACCCACUGUGAUGCUGGUGAACUGUUGCUCUAAGUCCUUUUGUUGUUGAGUGGGUCAUCAGCAAUGAUGAUAUGCCUAUGCCAUUGCCAUAUGAAAACAGGCACAGAGACCUCAUUUGACCAGGCAGGGGCUGGUGGGAAGCCUGAACUUUGAGACCGCCUUUCAUGAGCCUUCUCUCUCUAGUGACUGCUACUGUGAAAGCUUGCAGAAGGCACUUCAGUCACUGAGGUGUAAGUUUUAAGAGUAAAUAGUUAAAGAAGGGUUUAAUGAUGUGAACAGGUUUUACAAGCAUUUUUCUUUUCCACAAGAUUCUUGCUCCUUCCUCACUGUAGUGUUAGUGCUGGAGUUACAGACCCAUGCUUGCUGAUGGGAAGCCUUGCUCGAGGAGAUUGCAGCUGCCUUCCUAACAGCUCAGCCCAAAGCCUCCUAGGAAAGUAGUUCCCCACCCUAGGCCCAGAACUUUGCUUGUAUUCUGGUUCUUUGGAUAGCUGCAGUAUUUAACAGCACCACCUAGGCUAGCCUUCCCCAAAGGGCUUGGGCCUUUCUGCCUAGUUUCAGCUUUGACUUUUCCUACACUUCUUUCCAGUGGAGUGUUGUACUACUGAUUAAGCAGUGUACUGCUUGUCAGAAAUCUGGAGUGUUGUCAGAUGUCGCUUUGAGGCUGAGGGCCUGGAAAUAGUGAAGUUGGCACAAGUCAGAACAGCAUGGCCUUGAACUGAUCUGGAUGUGUGGAUCUAGGGGAAGUAAAAACUGAGCUUGGAAGUGUGAGUAUCCUCGAGAGAAGCCAAGUUUUGUUUUACCACAGCACUGGCAAGGAGAUAAACUUUCAGAAAUACUACAUAUUUAAUUUUGUUAGAACUAGGUUUAUUCUUUCAUGUGAAGUUGUUACAAAUAUGAUGGAGCUUAGCUCUACCAGGGUCUUUUUGUUGCAGUAUUGCUGUGCUACACACUCGUAUAAGCAGUGCUAUUUUGGUGGCAGAGAAUGGGUUCUUAUCCCCAAACAAAUCAGCUCUUCUGUCACAUUAAAGCAGUGUUAAUCCCUGAAGCACCACCCACAAGCGAUUUAACUCAGGCCUCACAAGUUCCUAAUUGUACAUCCUUAACUGUGACGUAAUGUGCAAGGUGCUAUAUCCAUACCAGUGCAGUCUGUCCUUCCAAGCUCUCUUUGUAGCCUGUACUAUUCUGCUAUGCUGUACAACCAGGAGGACGAUCCACAGGGAGGUGGCAGAACUUGCUGAUGACCCAAGACAAGAUUAGUCCAGAAGCAGAUGCCAGUUUCCACAGUGCAGUGCAACACCUGUCCUCUCCCUUGCACUUCAGCUACGUGCAACAAUCUGAAAUUACACACAGCAGUAGCAAUCCAAGCACCCAUCUGAUUGUGUCCUCUGGUCAAUUUUGUAUGGCUGUAAAUUAACAUAUUUAGUGUCUGGAUGCUAAUGAUGAUGUUAGCUGUAAAGGUACCACUGUUACCUGUAAAUAAUAUACAUUACUUGAAAGCCACAAACUGCCUUUGCAUAGUUUGCUAUGCAGUGGACUGAAAGUUCAGGUGCCACUGUGAAUCAUAUGAUAAAUACUUGCAGCAGUCAUCAAGGGAGACUGACUGUCAGGUUUUAUUAAAGUGGAUUAAAUCCAAGAAAAAAGACAUUAUAAAACACAUUUAGAUAAAACUAGGAUGCAUCCUCACCAUGACUUUGGUUGAUUGGUUGGUUAGUUAAUUCAGGGUAACUGUGAGCUCUUGAAAGUAAUUAGUGGCUUCA